CCGCUUCUCUCUCCCACUCAUCCCCUCCCCACCCAUCCUCCCCCUUGUCUCGCUCCCACCCACAGACGCCGCCGCUGCCCCAACCCAAACUAUCUCCCUCCCACCUCGAUGCGCUAUCACACCCACCGUCGACGACCCGCGACAGCGGUAGUGGGCUCGCGACCCAGAUCACAAGGACGUCCCCUUCCUCCCGAUCUCAUCAUGCUCCUCUCCAUCCCGUCCCCUUCCUCCCCGCAGCGGAACCUUGGUUUUGACCCGUCUCGUUGCUGUGUGCAGAAGUCCGGGAGGCAUGGGGCCGGGGACGUGUGCCAGAUCUGCCCCGACGGGCUGGGCACAACGAUGGACGGCGAGGUCCUCACCGCCUUCGACGUCUGCCGCUUCCCGGUCUACGUGCACGAGCGCAAGGAGGGCACCCAGGCCUGCCUCUAGCGCUUCUGCCAGCUCGACCGCAGCACAAAGUGCUUCUGCCUGCUCUGCCCCCGGCCGCCCCGGGCCGCCGUCACGUAGAUUUUGCUCGUUGUGGCAUUGCUUGAAUUUGGGUUAUUGGAUAGCUGGAGCUGCGUAGGAUUUCUUCUAAUUUACUACAAGAGACGAAGACCACGCUUCAUGAAUUCAGGGCGCCCCCGAGGUGGUCAUGUGGGAUCCUCUCGAAUAGCUCGUGCUCGCUGUCGACUUCGAUGGCAGGGUCACCCGCUCCAUCGGCCCCCUCUCUGGCGGGAUGUACUACUCGGAUUUCAUCCCCUACAUCAACUCAUACACAGAGAUCUACAUCUGGGUACAACUACAGUUGCAAAAUCAUCCAGCCAAAUUUUGGGAGGAUGGCAUAAAAGAUUACAUAACCCAUGCUUUUGAAAUCAUGGUAUUCUAUUUAUGCUCCAUUCCGAAAUCUAUUGUGCACUGCCAAGUCCAUGAGGCGAAGCGCUCACUGCUCGACUAUUUCUUUACUGAACUGGGAGCAACAAAGGAGAGUUAUGUGCUGAUUUUUUUGAAGAAGCUGGAAGUCCAAGACAACGACUUGCUUUAUAUGUUUGUUGUAAUGCCGUAUUUUCUGGGAAUUUGGAUGUACUGUUGGUCUUGCUGAGAAUUUGGUGUAUAUUUUCUUGUUGAACUUAUUAUUUAAAUGCUAGAAUAUAUGUACAAAUCCUUGGAAUAUUAUUGUAUGUAUUUUUGAAAUGUAUUCUUGGAUUGAAAGUGGUCAAAAACAGAAUAUAUUGGUAUUGAAUUUGGGUUGAUUC